UCUGGCGUUCGGUUUCUGAUAGACCCAUGGAGUAUUCGGGAGGGCAAGACGACGCUAUUAUGCAGAAUUGUGGAGUUGAAUUCACAAGCACGCAAGAAAAUACUACAGGCAUAAAUGAAACUCCCAAUCUAACCAUGCUGAGGAGUUUUAAAAGUUGCAACGAACUCAAUUUUCAGCGAUUUAAGGAGAGUUCGUUUGGAAAUUGCAACGAUUAUUUAAUAAGAAACAUAGACGAAAGAUGCUUGCCGUAUUUCCCUAUGACAGCGUCAAUCGCCGAAGAAAGUAGUUCAGGCGACACAGAUUUUAUGGAAAACGUAUCUGUCUGUAGCGCAUUCGGAGAGGGCAUUGGAAGUGGCGCUAACUUUGCUAACAUCGUAGAUACAAGCAUGUAUGGAAGCCAGCAGCAAACUAAUAACGAAGAAAAUGGUCACGAGGCUAAAGGAAUAUGUAAUCAUGAGAAAGUUGGUCAAAAUACGAAUGAGUGCCUGAACGAUGACGGGAAUGGCAUUGUGGAAAAAAGACAAGAUUCAGCUUUAGAAAGUACCAAUAACACAGAAGGCGUCCAGCAAAAUGUUGAUAAAAACGAAGACACAGAUCCUUGUGUUCCCGGCGUUUCUCGCAUUUUUUCUCAUCCCCAGUGCUUCGCAAUGAGCACCACAUAUCCGAUUGAGGAUUCGACCACUUCCGUGGGUCCGUUUCAAAUAUUCGGCUUCUCCUCUCAAAUCCCACCAUAUUUUCACAGUAGUGUAGGAUCUCACAAUGUAAAUGAAACUAACGAGAGCAAGCCGAUAGAAAAGCAGGUAGUUUCUCAAUCAAUUUCCACACCAAGUUCUUCAAAUCCGUUGCGCCAAAAUAACACGGAAUCUACAUUUCAAGCGGACAGUAACAAGCAGCAAUGCGGCAUGCAACAAUGUCAGUACAACGUACCAAUGGCAAUGCAAAUGCCACCCACAGAUGUUCAAGAUUUUUUGAUAACUCAAACGAAGACGAGAAAAUAUCGAAGUACUUCCAUCAGCAUUAUAGAAUAUGGUGAUAUGAGCGCCUAUCCUCCAUAUCAACCACAGCUGUUUCAGCAAAGUGGUGCAUAUACCACGAGUGCUGCAGUGCCCAGGUCUCCAAUAGUCCGAUUAAACGCAGGAUAUCCACAAACAUCACACACCAAUUCUUAUCCAACGUACCAUUAUGCUCAACGAAAUAUACGCCAUUCACAAAUGACUGACCAGACACCUUCAACCAGCGAAGAUACUGCUAUGGUAUCGGGAGAGCAGCUCGAUCACAGCAAUACAAACGGUCUUCUACGCGAUUUGAGCGAUACUAACAACACUUCCUCGCAACUACGUGCGAUGGAGGAGAAUAAUAUCAAAUCAGAGUUCCAUCAAAGCAAUGAGGAUAACAUUGAUUAUUACUCAAAUGGAGCCAACUAUGGAACGAAAAAUGAAUUUUCCAUUGAGCAGGAUAACUACCAAUUUCAAACACCCAAUACAGCAUCCAGAGAAUAUUCGUCUGACAAAAACAAAGAUUGUCCUGCAACUAGUUUUUGCACAGUCGAUACUUCUACAGAGAAUGUAACGCCAGUUUUACAAAAUCAGCCAUUUUUUGCAAGUCAGUGUUCGGUUUUAUGCGGUCCUUCCUGUGGUAGCUCGUCUUCAUAUACCUAUCAAAAUUCAUCAAUUGGAAAUUCCAUUCGACCAUACAAUGGCCACGGGUUUCCAUAUUGUGGACAAGCUAACCCGGGUAUAGCUAUUCAAGCUCCAUGGACGGAAGGCAUUGCAGUGCACACUUCUCGUCAGCACUAUCCAGGUACUCCUUAUAGUGAGCAAGGUACUACGAGUUUUCAAGACGGUACUGCAUAUCAUGCUAGACGAACGACAUUCUGUGAACCAGGUCGUGGCUUUACUAAAACACGUAGGCCGGAUCGUACGGUGACGAAAAAAGCUUCUGGGAACAGGAAGACGAAAAUUCAGAAAAAUCGACGGUUUGCAUGCACUCAUGCCAAUUGCAACAAAAGGUAUUUCAAACAAGAUCAUUUAGAGAUGCAUCUUCGUAAACAUGCAGGUGAACGACCAUAUUCAUGCACACUUUGUGAUCGAAGAUUCCAGCGUUCAGAUCAGCUGAAGCGUCAUGGACUUCGACAUACUGGCGAAAAACCAUACGAAUGCGUAAACUGUCAUAGAGCAUUUGCGCGAUCUGAUCACCUGAAAACCCACAUGAAAACGCAUACUGAUCGACCCUUUCAUUGCCAAUGGGAAGAUUGCAAAAAGAAAUUUGCCCAACCAGAAGAGCUGUCUCAGCAUUAUUCUACUCACAAGACUCCAAAAGCGCGAGGCGUCCGCGGGAAAAUGAAGAAUGUACCGAUAACGGAGUCAUUCAGCCUUCCAUGCCCAAGUUAUAUCGUUGGGCAGCAAUCAACAACAGGGAUAAACAAUUCAACUUUGUCGAAUGUGACUGAUGGACACUUCACUCAGGUCAACCAGAUGACGUGUCAUCAGUUUCCAAAAUGUUGAUAUAGGGGCUUUUGCUUUGCAGUAAAAACAUAUCAACAUUUGAUGAACUUUAAAGAGCAUGCUACACUUUUAUGGUCGUUUUAAGAUUUUUACUAGUUGGAUAAAACUUUCAUAUGUGUACUUCUUUCAAAAUUAUCGAUUACAUUUCUUUCAUUGUAAAUACACGUGCAUUGUGCAAAGAAAGGCUUGAUAUUCUAAUGAUCAGGAACGAUUAUUGCGAUGCUUUUCAAGAAUUCAUGAGCUGGAGGUUGAUAUUGUUACAAAACCCUGUAAUUAAUAAGCAGGUGCUCCCGAAGUAUGCGAACCAAGAUGGCGGACAUUGGAACGUAACAUGGGUAACAGGUUAGGGUUAGGCGAUAAUUUUUUUCCAAUUUUCCUAAUUUUAGUCCUAUUAUCAGUUCGAAG